AUGUCAUUAUUUAUUCAGUCUGAUGAUGAAAGUUAUAGAAAUACACAAGGUUCACAACAUCAACUAAUAUUAUCACCACCAAAAGAAAGAUCCAAAGCUCCAAAUAUCACUUUUGAUUCUUCAACAAAUCAAAUUACCCAUUUAUCAGAAAUUUUUCAAAGUUUAUCAUCAAUCAGUAAUCAUGCAAUUGUAAAUAUAAAAUCAAAUGGUAUUAUUAUAUCAUCAAAUUAUAAUAGUAUAUUAUCAACUUCAAUAAAUAUAGAUUCAUCUUUAUUUAUCAUAUACAAUUUAACUGGAGAAGAACAGAAUUUAAAAUUUGGUAUUGAUUUAAAUUUGAUUAAUGAAUGUUUUUUAUCAGUUAUAAAUACAUUAAAAUUUGAAAAAAAUGUCAAAUGUGUUAUUAAAUAUCAAGGUUCUGGAUACCCAUUAGUUAUUGAAUUUGAAGAUUUAUAUAUUCUGGAAAAAUUAGAAUUUUAUACUUAUUAUGUCAAUGAAGAUGAAGAUGAAGAUGAAGAAGAUAUAAGUAUAGAUUAUGCAAAUUUACAAAUGGAAAUUAUAUUAAAAAGUGAUAUAUUAUAUAAUUUAUUACAAGAUUUAAAUCAAAUAAGCACAGAAAACUUAUUUAUCUAUAUUUCCAAAAAUGAAUCAAACCCGAAACUUCAUUUUAUAAGUCAAGGUAUAAUUGGAAACUCAAAACUAAUAUUUCCAAAUGAUAAAUUAACAAUGGAAAAGUAUAAAAUUUUCAAGACUGAUAAAUUUGAUUUCGAAAAUUAUAUAAUUUCGAAAUUUACCUAUUCAAAUUUUUUUAAAAUUUUAAAAUCAGUCAAAAUGUCAAAUAAAUGUAAGCUAAUAAAGGAUAUACAUGGUUGUUUAUCAAUUCAGUUAUUAUGUAAGAAUAAUAAUAAUAAUGAAAAUUCAAGUACUUAUAAUGGUAGUUUAAUAACUAUUAAUAUGAUGGAAUUAAAUUAUGAUGAUGAUAAAUUCAUGAUUAAUUGGAUAUUAAAUGAUGAAAUUGAAGAAGAUAAAGUACCGGAAAUAAAUGAUGAACCAUUAAUAAAUACUUUUAGAAGAGAACCAAGUCCUUUGCUCGAUGUUGAAAGAAGUAUUUAUGAAGAAUCAAGUAAAAAACGCAAAAAUACAAAAGUUGGAGGUGCUGUUGAAAUACCAUUGUUUCUUUAG